AUGUCAUAUAUUAUUGAUGGUAUCCAGGGGAGGUCGUUACCGAAGAUCGAAACGAUUCAAAAUGGCCCUAUUUCAAGUCUCGUACCCUUUGGAUCACUACUCCUGGUCUCCAGUGUAGUCGUUGUCGUCCUGAUCGCCAAUAUACUUGAGAGAUGGCUCCUUCGCAAGGUUUACGGGGAGGUUUACAUCACUUUGGAACGACCCGAAAACGAGAAGCGGCGGCGCUCUUUCACAUACUACCAUGUCGGUGCCGUCAUGAUGUUCGCGCUUUUAUGCAUCGGCGUCUAUCCCGUAAUGCGAUUCCUCGUGGGCAACGCUGCGUUAUCAACUCCUCUGGUUCCAGGGCGGCGCAUUCGGAUUGGCGACGUUCUCUUUACAGUUUCUCAGACUUACAGCGCCUACUAUGUUUUCGAGCUUUGCUUCCGCACCCAAUUCGCCAGCCCGCUCAGCAUUGCCCAUCACAUUGGGCUCCUUGCAAUUACACAAACGGCUCUUUCCCUUUUCGGCAACUUUGCGGAGCAUCCAGAAGCAACAAUUGAGUUUUACAUGUGCAUGGUUUGGGGUAAGAUUUACCUCCAGCGUAGGAAGCAGAACACUUUGCUGACAGUGGACGUGACCCCUCUAGGUGCCUUUGAUGUCGUGGUCGAACUACCUAUUUACGUAUCGAUGAUCGUCUGGAGAGCCAGGCGCGGUGAUCAUCGACUGCUAUCUUACAUGGUGUAUGGAUGUUUCGGCUGGAUCCUCCUGGGAGCCACCCUAGAGACUGCAAUUACCAUCUACCUCCUCCAUCGUUCCUGGGAUCGCUGGGGACGGAUAUGGAGGGUCAUUACGCCAUUGAUUUUCUCCCUGUGGAUUUCGACACAGCUCUACGGUGCUUCCAGGCUCUUCCUGAUGGCUCGCUCGGAGCAAAGAAAAUGUGGCAAUGGCAUGAAGCGGGAGCCAGAGCGUCUUGGAACCGGUGUCGGAAGUCACAUCCUCCCUUGCUGA